CAGCCAGUAUAGACUGGGACUUGACAACCAGUGGACCUCCUGUCGAGUUUUCAUUGGCAGAAGAGAAGCUACUAUUCAAAGACGGUGAAUUGUAUAGGAUUAUACCAGGGAGUGCUUGCUGUUUUCUACCAACACACCAUAAGUGAGGACCUGCAGUUGCAUGGAGGACAACAGGUGUGGAUUUAAGGACCGGUGAGUCAUGAUGUUGAAGAGGAGACAAUAAAGUGGAGCUUGUUUAGCGUCAGUAGCAGUUAGAUGCGUCUUUCCCCUCGUCCGUGACGAUGACGAUGAAGGGCUUGUCGAGUAGCCGGAGACACCAUCACAUGGUGACCUGUGACCCCGCCUAUGACUCCAUGACCCUGGGGCGCCAAGCCCGGCCUUACCCGCUGAACCCGGGCAAUGCCCACCCGGCAGACCACCCUUACUAUGCCCAGCGAAGCUCCUUCCAGUCUGAGUGCGGGCCCUACCCUGACCCGGCUAGCAGAACCUUCCCCCGAAGACACUACAGCUCCCACCAUGAACUGAAGGAUGAGUGUGCUGUGGUGCCUUACACCGGAAGCCAGGGGGGAAGCGUUAAAAACAACCGCACCCCCCCCAACCUUCUGGAGCAGUUUGAACGGCAGGCGCCGGCGCGCCAUGACGGCUACCACACACUGCAGUACAAGUGCACAGCGGUGGCGCACCAGCGCAGCGACAGUCCUGGGAGGAUCCGGCAUCUUGUCCACUCGGUCCAAAAGCUCUUCACCAAGUCCCACUCCCUGGAAGGCCCAUCCGGGGAUAGGAUGAACGGGGGCAAGGCCAGCUCUGACGACCCGCCCUCCCACUCGGGCACCCUGAAGCACAGCAGCAAGCGCAGCAAGAGCAAAGACUGCAGCAGGUCGGAGCCCAAGAUGCGCUCAGCCAUCUCAGGCUACUGGAGCUCGGACGACACCCUGGACCGCGAGGUGUGCCUGUACCACCACCACAGCCCCAUCCCGGGAGGCAUGCCCUCGGGGGUGAUGACCAUGGGCCGCCACCCAGGCAAGUCCCAGUCACAGUACUUCAUGGAGCAGUACAACACCAUCAGCGCCCACUCGCUGAAGACGUCACRAAGCAACAACGACGUCAAGUGUUCUACAUGCGCCGGGUUGCCGGGACUGGGCGCGGGGAUGGACGGGACUGGCCAACUGCUGAAGAAGAGCUUGUGGUCGUCAACGCUGACGGUCAGUAGGGCCAGGGAAGUCUACCAGAACGCAUCGGUCAACCUGGACAAAGCCCCGGUCAAGGCUGAUACCUGCCAGCAGGGGGGGCGCCAGAUCUGUCAAUUCCUCCAGGUACCCCAGGACGAAUGGAGUAGGGGGUUCUUGCCCGUGGGGAAAGACGAGGAGAUCCCAUGCCGGCGUAUGCGCAGUGGCAGCUACAUCAAGGCCAUGGCGGAGGAAGACAGCGGCGACUCAGACUGCAGCCCCAAGCCCUCGCCCAAGGUGCAGGCGCGCCGGGCAAGCUAUCUGAAGGCCACACAGCCAUCGCUCACCGAGAUGACCACCCUCAAGAUCUCCACUGAGUCGCACUCUCCCAAGUUGCAGAUCCGGAGCCACAGCUACCUGCGUGCGGUGAGCGAGGUGGAGGUGAACGGACAGAUGGAGGCAGUGUGCGAGUCCGUUUUCAGUGAGAUGGAGUCUCAAGCGGUGGGUGCUCUGGACCUCCCCAUGUCAGGCUGCUUCCGUAUGCGCAGCCACAGCUACGUCCGUGCCAUCGAGAAGGGCUGCUCCCAAGACGAGGAGGACAGGGUCACCAUGGUGGGGGGAAACAUGAGGGCUAACUCAGCCCGGGCCACACCACCGUCAGGACCAUCCAGAGCAGCACAGGUUCCUCAGCAGGGCCUGUCUCACUGUCUGCGUCUGUGA